AUGGAAGCGUGGGGGAUUUAACCCUAAACCUCCCUCCAGAGUUCCCUCUUAGUUCUCGUACGCACGCCGAGUGUUCUCCUCCAGAUCUGCCCUAGCUUUCUUGUUGCCCGCUGCCUCCCCGCUUCCGCCCCCGCCGUGGUACUGGCGGCCGCCAUGUCGCGCCCACCCGCCGCCGCCCAACCCAACCAACCGAUGAACGCUGCGACCCCCACCCCCAGGCCCAACCCCGCCCCGAUCGCGUUUGCUGGCCCCUUCCAGCCCCCCGGCGUUCCGCGGCCGGCGCCGUACCCGGCGCCCUUCUACCAAACGCGGCGGCCGCUGGUAUUUCCGCCCGUCUUGCCACCCGGCACUUUCCAUGGGCCUCGCGUAUACCAGCCUCCACCACCACCGCCGGGUGGAUUCGGUCCGCACCCAGGCACCCCCCUUAACCCGUUCGGUCUUCCAGGCUUCCAUCCAAGCCACACAUAUCAUCCUGUUAGUGUGUUAUCACAUCAGCGGCCAGCGGUAAUUGAUGGAGCUUUUGGUCCUGGAGCCGUGACUAGACCACCUAUCACACCUGUUCCUCCAGCUAAUGUUUUUGGUCCUGGAGCCAUGGCAAGACCACGACCACUUAUGACACCUGUUCCUGCAGCUAAUGUUUUUGGUCCUGGAGCCGUGACUAGACCACCUAUCGCAUUUGUUCCUCCCGCUAAUGUUUUUGGUCCUGGAGCCAUGGCUAGACCACCUAUCGCACUUGUUCCCCCAGCUAAUGUUUUUGGUCCUGGAGCCGUGGCUAGACCACCUAUCGCACCUGUUCCUCCAGCUAACGUUUUUGGUCCUGGAGCUGUGGUUAGACCACCUAUUGCGCCUGUUCCUUCAGCUAACGUUUUUGGUCCUGGAGCUGUGACUAGACCACCUAUCGCACCUCUUCCUUCAGCUAACGUUUUUGGUCCUGGAGCUGUGACUAGACCACCUAUCGCGCCUCUUCCUCCAGCUAACGUUUUUGGUCAUGGAGCUGUGACUACACCACCUAUUGCGCCUGUUCCUCCAGCUAACGUCUUUGGUCACGGAGCCAUGACUAGACCACCUAUGACACCUGUUCCUCCAGCUACUGAUUUUGAUCCUGGAGCUGUGACUAGACCUCAUAUCGCACCUGUUCCUCCAGUUAAUGAGCCACAAUUUAAAGUAUAUGUUGGCAAGAUUGCAUCAACAGUGGACAAUGACUUUGUUCUUUCUCUUCUUCAGGUCUGUGGAAUUGUAAAAAGUUGGAAUCCAGUCACAAAUCCAAUUGGUGGAACUCCUACUGGGUUUGGCUUUUGUGAUUUUGAAUCUGCCGAAGGCAGUCUUCGUGCAUGGCGGUUGCUCAACAAACUAAGAAUUGAUGGUCAAGAGCUGUUGGUUAAUGUCAAUGAAGCCACGAGCCAGCACCUUCAGAAAUACUGUGAGAAUACUACAGAAGAGAAGGCCAAUGAAACUGAUAUGGCUGCUAUGCAAACGAUACACAGUAUGGUUGAAGAGAGAAUGAGGUGUAAAUUUCUGGGUUCACCAAUUCAGUCUGUUCAGGCAUCUACAAGCAUCAGUGAUGAGAAAGGCGAUGGUCAUACAAGGAGUGGUGCACUGGAGGAAAGGACAAGCAAGAGACAACGUGAAAAAGAGGAACAUUUAGGGGAAAAUAAAGUUGUUUGUUUGCAAGGUUGGAAAGAUAAAGAAGUGAUUUCAGCUGGAAAGCCUUCUCUGCAAAUUGAUGCGAUAUCAUCAACGUAUGUUCCCAUGGAGCCUGAAUCUACAAUUGAACACGAGAGGAAACGUCAGCGCAGGGAAAUAGAUGGGUUUCAUAAGAGCAAUGGUGAAGGUAAGGGCAUUGUAUCUGUACCAGUGCUAGUCUCAGAUAAGCUGAACAGCAGUUCCCCAGGAGAAAAGGUGAAUUCUGAAUUGCAAGCUACAUCCAAGUCAGGGAACAAGGAAACUUUGGAUGCAGAACAGUUGCUUGCUGCUAUCCCUAAGACGAAGGAAGAACUAUUUGCUUAUGAUGUUAAUUGGGCAAUUUAUGAUAAGCAUGGAUUGCAUGAGAGAAUGAGGCAUUGGGUUUCAGAGAAGUCGAUUGAAGUUUUUGGCGAGGAAAUAGCAGAGUUUGUGGAAUAUGUUGUUGCAUCAACCAAAGAGCAUGUAGACGCACCUAGAAUGUUGGAGGCCCUUGUAUCUCUUAUGGAUGAUUCUGCAGAAAAGUUUAUUCUCUCGUUGUGGACGGAACUUAUAUUUGAAAUUAAGAAAGCUGAAACCGGAUUAGCAUGAAGACAGGGGGAAUGUCACUAUGUCAGUGCCUUCUCGUUGCUCAAGGUCGACGGGUAAUCACAAAGAAAUUGGCUUGGUUCCUUCUCGUUGCUCAAGGUCGGUGAGUAAUCUCAAAAGAGAUUGGCGGAUGACAACCCUUCCUGGCUACCUAUGAGCUGCAGUUGUUGAUAUCUUGGAAUGAAGCAGUCAUUCUGGGCACUGUGUUCUCCUGGCUAUCCUGAAUCUUUCGCUGAUGAAUGUAGAUAGACUUCGCAUGUUGACAUUAACAGCGUGCUGUUGGCGAGAUCAGUUUGUGUUGUAAGUGGAGAAGAAGUGAAAUGGGACUCUUUUCAGCGUGUCCCCCAUGCGGGGAGUCUCUUCGUAGAUAGGAGUAUUAAAUUGAUAAAGCAUAUUUAUUCGGACUUGCUACCGUUCAUUUUU